AUGUCUACUGGAAAAGAAGGUAGAAAAUCUAAGCAUUUCAAGGAUGGGGCCAUUGACUUUACAGCAGGUUCAUUGGGUGGGGUGGCCUUGGUAUAUGUAGGACAACCCCUGGACACUGUGAAGGUGAAAAUGCAGACCUUUCCCCUCUUACACACAAAUAUGUUCAGUUGCUUUACAAGUACAUUGAGGAAUGAUGGUGUUUAUAGAGGACUCUAUGCAGGCACUGUGCCAGCACUAGUAACAAAUGUUGUGGAAAACUCAGUAUUAUUUGUCUGCUAUGGGUUCUGUCAAAAAAUCAUCCAAAGACUAUCAGGAGCAAAGAGUGUUAAUGAACUAGGUUUGCUAAGCAAUGCCAGUGCAGGUUUUCUGGCCUCAUUCUUCUCUUCUGUGGCCAUCUGUCCAACUGAAUUGAUCAAGUGCAAGCUCCAAGCAAAGGAAACCAUGGGAAAAGGUUUGCACACUCUGGGACCAAUCAAAUUGACUGCACAGAUUGUUAGAGCUGAAGGCAUUCUAGGACUGUUCAGAGGUUUGGUUCCAACACUGGUCAGAGAAAUGCCUGGCUAUUUUUUCUUCUUUGGAGGAUAUGAAGGUACAAGACAACUUUUGACACAACCUGGGCAAAAGAAGGAAGACAUAGGUCUUCUCAGAACAAUGAUUGCAGGUGCUGUAGGAGGUACAUUCUUCUGGACCUCAACUUUCCCUGUAGAUGUUGCCAAAUCUCGAAUUCAAGUUGGCAAUAUUGAGGAAAAUAUGGUGAAAGUUAUUUACAAAAUUUUUAGACAUGAAGGUAUUGGGGCACUGUACAAUGGUUUGGCUCCUACAAUUUUGAGGACUAUUCCAGCUACUGCCACCCUUUUUGUAACUUAUGAAUAUUCCAAGAAGUGGUUGCACUAUGCAUUUGCCUCAGAUGAUAGUGAGGAUUAG